UACGUACACGGGAAAAUUGAGGCUACGAGUUACCUGCACGACAAAAUUACUCGAAACUUCCAAAGUUCGGCGACUGUUAAACCAAACCCGUCGUCAAUUGCGUAGAAGGCUGUGAACGCGUUUUGUCAUUAAUUUUUCAAACAAUUGCCGAUCGUCGACAACCUGUUGAUCGCAGUGGCCAGGUGUGUAGUGACAGUGACUGUUUUAGUGACGCCAACUGCGAAAUCGCCAAAAAUCGCACUGUGAUCGAAAUCCCUAGGUUAGAGCGAAUGUCUGUGAUAGCAUCUCCGGAGAUAAGAUAGCCCCAGGUGCCCCACGUUCCCCGAAAUCCAACAGGUGUCACGUGGCAACAUGUCGGGCUGGUGAUGGUGUGCUUCAGAGCCAGGAUGAGGUGCUGAGGCCCCUUUGGUGGACAAAUGAGCAUUAAAGGCCUCAACAUGAUCGGGCCCCACCAUGUUUGCGUCCUGUACGUGGCCACCGCGGGGCUCCAGGGCUCCCUCAUGGGCUCCGACGAGCAGGAGGUGGUGCUCCUCAUCUAUGUCAUCGUCGACGUCGUCCAGAAUAAGAUUGUGGGCGUGCAGCAGUACCCAAUCAGGCCGCAAACCGCCGACAUCAACGAAAAUAUCCUAUCGGAACAGCUCACAUCUGAGUCGGUUUUGACCGACGAACUCAUAAAAUCAUCUGGAAGGCAAUUGGAGGACGCCCUCAACGAAUUCGAUGCCUACUGCAAUAGUUUACACAUAGACCCGCACAGUGCCGGCUUCAGGCUCCUAACAGACGGCCAAUUACCGUUAAGGCAGUGUCUGUAUCCGGAAGCAUGUAGGAAGGAAAUUGAUCUGCCGCGUUAUUAUAGCACGUUCCAUGACCUCAGGAAAGAAGUUGCCAGGUUUACGAGAAAGACGGAAGAAGUACCCCAAAGUGUUGCCGAUAUGUUAGAAUAUUUACAAAUUAAACCCGAAGUUGAGAAUGAAUUCUACAAGAGGGAGGCUAAGGAUAUGGUCAAUAUUGUACAAAGGCUGAUUUCGGAAGGAUACAGGUUCGAGGCGCUCGAAACGAUAAACCUGACCCUGGAGCCCGGAAUAUGUUCCAAAGACGAUGAGAUUGACAGCAACUGCGUGGUGAGGGCGAGAGGACUUCCCUGGCAGAGCAGCGAUCAGGACAUUGCCAAGUUUUUCAGCGGACUCAAUGUCGCCAAGGGCGGCGUAGCUCUGUGCUUGUCGGCACAAGGACGACGGAACGGCGAAGCUUUAAUAAAAUUCGAGAGUCAAGAGCACCGCGACAUGGCUUUGAAGAGGCACAAGCACCACAUCGGCCCCCGAUACAUCGAAGUGUAUCGCGCUUCCGGCGAGGACUUCCUCUCGGUGGCUGGGGGCAAGAGUUCCGAAGCCCAGGCCUUCCUGUCCCGGGGGGCUGCCGUCAUCGUGCGCAUGCGGGGGCUGCCCUACGACUGCACCGCCAAACAAGUCUUGGAUUUUUUCGCGAGUGGCGAGAACUCGUGCACCGUUUUGGACGGCACUGAAGGCGUCCUGUUCGUGCGGAAGCCCGACGGCCGAGCCACUGGCGACGCGUUCGUUCUGUUUGCGAGCGAAUCGGACGCGCCUAAAGCUCUCUCGAAACAUAGGGAAUGUAUAGGUUCUAGGUAUAUCGAAUUGUUCAGGUCGACGACGGCCGAGGUGCAACAGGUGCUUAACAGGUCGCUGGAAGCGCGGACUUACGAGCCGGAACCGUUGCCCCCGUUAUUACCGCACAUGCCUUUAUUGCCUCAACAUUAUAUUACGUCUGGGACCAAAAAGGAAUGCAUUAGGUUAAGAGGACUGCCUUACGAAGCUCAAGUCGAACACAUCCUAGAGUUUCUCGGAGAAUAUGCCAAAAAUAUUAUAUUCCAAGGGGUGCAUAUGGUCUACAAUGCACAGGGCCAGCCCAGCGGCGAGGCCUUCAUCCAGAUGGACUCCGAGCAGUCCGCCUGCAUAACCGCCCAGCAGAAGCACCACCGCUACAUGACAUUCGGCAAAAAGCAGCGCUACAUCGAAGUAUUCCAAUGCUCCGGCGAGGACAUGAAUCUCGUACUGACCGGCGGCAUUCCCGCCCCCGUCUCGCCCGCAAAGGCCACCCCCGCGCUACUCAGUCCCGGUGGCAACAUCAUACCGACCUUCCAUCCGGGCCCGAACUUCCCCGGAUACGGCCCUGUGCAAAUCGCCGCCGCUCCUCUAGGGCCCCGACAAUUUUUGCCGCCCCCGAUUUUCUAUUGGCCCUAUCCUAGUCCUCCGGUCUCGCCGACGAACUACUACCCCACCAUGCCGCCCCCUGGGGCCCUGCCGCCACAACAGCCCCAACAGGCCAUGAUGCCCCCCGAGUGCGUGGCGCUGCCGCCUAUGGCCCCCAUGCCUGCCAUGGACGCCCGAAUCAUGCUGGACGGGCUCCCGAGACCGGAACACGACAAGGCCAGACAGAAUUUCGUUCCGAAUCAGUAUGUCGAGUUGAAGAUUUAGAUUAUGACGCGUACCUAACUCUAAUUAAGUAUCACCGGAUUGUAGCUGAGAUUGCGUGACAUUGCACAUAUCAGAAGCAUAAUAUAUAGUUACUAUACAUAUUUAAUUAAUAUAUUGCAGAUUAUAAUAUAUUUCAUUGUUAUUAACAUAAAUUAUUAUGUUUUUAAAUUAUCUUUAUCUCAGUUUAGGUUAGAUUUAAGUACCUAAAGCGUAGCUGAUUGUUAGGUAUUUUAUUUAGCAGACUGCUUGUGAAAUAUUAGUGCAAUUUACUUCGUCGAAGCUAAGGCGCGAGAUUAUUGGUUACUUUUAAGGAUAAUUGUUAACAACAAAAAUUGCGUUGUCUUCCAGUAGUGUAAUCAAUGUGAUUGUUUUAUUUGUAAGGAUAGCCUCGCUUAGCUGCUUACUCUUAUGUGAUUUAGCCUGUAUUCGUAGUGACACUGCAAUAUCGUUAGAAAUUCCUAUGCAACGAAAUAGUCAUAAUGUUUAACGAACGAGGCAAAAUUACUAGAAUUACGUCGUAGUCUAGCUAGUUCAGAAGCUCAAAAUUAGCAAGUAACGUGCAAUAAACUAGGUUUGUUUCUCUAAAAUAUUCCACUAGUGAUACACUUUUAGUCAAGUGACUAUAAAGCAUAUAUUAUUGUUAAUCGAGUGAAACAUAUUAUUUUAUAGUAUGUUAAAGACAUAGUCAUAAUGUUAUUGAAUCAUUUUACGUUUUGAGUUCGGUGGCACGACCGAAACGUUAGUCGAGUUAGUGUACCUAUCUAUAAUUAACUUGUAGGCGAUAAGAUUACUUAAAUGACACUACGAUUAAGUUUUUUAAGAUCUAGAUUGAAUCAAGUGAGUGGCUGAUUUUAACGCAAGGUCUGAAGAGAAGAAGCAAGUCUUUGCCCUGUUUUGUUUUCUUAUAAUAUUUAAGACAAUAAAUAUCGUUGUUACUGAAA